GCUGAGUUUACGUUCGCUAGGUUGGCAGCACCGUGACAGCCCUGUCAUUCGAAGGUUCUUUUCUGCACACGUUUUCGAAGGGAAACAAGCUGCUUGUGAAUCUAAGCUAGUUGUCGGCCUGUAAAAAUGAAGAUCGGAUUGUGUGCAUUCAGCGGGUUCAAAAUCUACCCCGCCAGCGGCAAGACUCUUGUCAAAGCCGAUGGAAAGACGUUCACUUUCCUGAACAAAAAAUGUGAGCGUUCGUUCCUGAUGAAGCGCAACCCGCGCAAGGUGAAGUGGACGGUGCUGUACCGCCGCAAGCACAAGAAGGGCAUUGUGGAGGAAGCCGCCAAGAAGCGCACUCGCCGCACGCAGAAAUUCCAGCGUGCCAUCGUCGGCGCGUCGCUGUCGGAGAUCAUGGCCAAGAGGAACAUGAAGCCCGAAGUACGCAAGGCCCAGCGCGAACAGGCUAUUAAGGCUGCCAAGGAGAAGAAGGCCAAGCAGACGGAUAAGAAGCCGAAAGCCGCCGCUCAGACCAACCCUAAGCAGCAGAAGACGAAGGCCGCCAAGGUUGCACAGAAGGCUGCGCCACGCGUUGGAGGCAAGCGAUAAGAAAUGGGAAUGUGCUUUCAUUUUUUUCUCUUACCUCGGAACAUUUUCCCGACGUGAUGGUCGAUGUUUGCGUGUCCCCAAUAUGCUUGUACCAUCUAAGUUUGGUGACGGCAGGCGAACAGGUCGAUAUGUAAUAUUGGGAGUGUAAAAUAAGAAAGCGCCACUCGUCGGCAAUGGUGGUUCCAAA